UUUCAUCCUUCCAUGGCUAAGCAAGGAUCUGCUCCCAAAAUGAGGAGAAAAAGGAAAUGGAGAGCCAGUGGGAGCAGGGACAGGUGGCCUGGCACCCAAGGCUUCCGUCUACUUGCUAUUACCACUGGUUAUAUAGAAGAGAGAGAGCACAAAGCUAAAAUAAUUAAAUCCAAUACCUGACUGACUGAAGUAAAAUGUAUUAAUCUGGAGCUAUGUAUUAAUAAAUGUGUUAAGCUGGGAGCUUUAAGCAACAGAUUCUGCACCAGCACAUAGUCCACCACAGCAGCUUCUGCUGGAGGCCACAUGCCAGGCUAGUGGCCUUCCCUCAUGCCUGAUUUAGACAACAAUGUGGAGCAAGAUGUUACUAGCAAUAUUCAGAGUGUGUCUGGAGGAACACAUGUAGACUGAUCUGGGGGAAGUCUGAAAAGACAGUGUCUGCUCCUUUGGCUUCUUCCCCUUGCUCUCAAGGCUGCAGUAUUUCAUGUACUUCUGAAAACAACUUCUCGGUUGUAAAGCAUUAAAGUUCAGUUUAUCUGAACCAUCUUAGAAACAGGGACUUCCAGCUUUCGAGCUCAAUGAAGAAAUUGAGGCUUGAUAUGUAAGAAGAUGAGAAGAAAAGAGCAGCUUGUUCUCAUAAAACACACCUUCCCCUUGCCCACAGAAGAAAGGCUGCACGAAGGCAAAAGGCUGAAGACUCGGGUGCAGGAGCCAAAUGUUCAAUCCUACACCUCUGCCACCUGGGCAAGGCAGUCUCGUCCCUUUCUCUGAGCUAUGAGUUAUUGUAACGUAUGUGGGCCUGACCUUCACGGCUUCCUGGGAGCUAAAGAUGUAGCAGGGAUGGUGGGACAGCCCAGCCCAGGUGGUGAUGGAUCCUGGGCUCUCCAGAGUCGUGAGCAGGGUGCCACCAGCCCUUCUACCCCACUCUGGAGGGACAGCAACUCCAACUCCUUCCUGCAGGUGUGGGGCCAGGCUCCAUCACUCGUGCUUUUGAGGAGCACCAAUGCACUGUCUUCCAGAAGCAUGGAGACUUGGCAAGCAGAGAGGGACCUGGCACUGUGAGUGAGUGCCAGUGGCACUGGAUGAGGCUGGAGCAAAAUGCCCCUUUCUGCUUCUCCCUGAGGCAGGGGCAUGACCCACAGGGGUGGGAGACUCACACACAGAGCUGGGUACUAACCACCCAAGUCCUCCAAAUCCUGGCAUUGCCCAGGGAAAAGCAGUGAGAGGAGAAGGUGUCAUCCAGCUGCAAGCAGUCCAUGCUGAUUGUUCCCACCACUCUGCCCCUCACAGGAAAUCUUGGCAAGGGGUCAGGAGCAGGGAUAAGACACAAGGCCAUGGAUGCAUGAUACAGUGGCUGAGGGAGAGAGCAACACAGAAAUGCAGAAGUUGAAAACAGGAAACAGUCUUUCCCUUUUUCUCCUGAUGCUGAGUACUGGCAGGGAAAGACAUCCCAUUGUGACAUCACCUGCUGGUGGAAGGUGAUGUCACUGAGCAGCAGAUUGUGACAUCACUGGGGGAUGCAUUGUGACAUAUCAUCCCUCACUGCUUAUAUUUUUCUGUAGGCAGAGCCUUGGCCAGUCUGGCUCCAGCCUGAAGUCCAUCCAGGCAGGACUGUGAGGUCUGGAGGACUGAGCCAGGCUUCUCUGGUGCUGAGUGGAUCUCAAUGCAGACCCAGAGCAAUCCCUCCUAUUUCCCUGGCCCUGGCUAGUUUGGCAGCUGUGCACUGUGGGUGCUUGCAGCAGUGAAGGUUGGCUGUGUGGGACAACAUCCCCUGGGGUGGUCAGGGGUGAGUGACAGGGCUCAGGGAGCUGGGAGUGUGUUGUUCUUGAGAAGCCUGGACAAUUCUUCUUCCCAUUCCUGGGAUACCAGUGACCAUGGUGUCUCCCUCCUGUGGUGUGUGACACCAGAGAGGGCAAGCAGCUCCUGAUCCUCAGCUCUCCCCAGUGUGCUGCAGGGCACAAAAAUGGCUUCGGAAACAGAUGGCAACUGCUCCAUCUGCCAGGACACUCAGAAGGAUGUGGCUUCUGCUCUGCCCUGUCACCACUGUUUUUGCCGGGGCUGCAUCCUGCGGUGGACACACAUAAAUCCUGUGUGCCCACUCUGCAGAAGAAUAAUAGAGACUGUGAGGUUUUCUGAUGACUCCAUGGAGAUUGUCAUCACAGCCCCUGAUGAGCUGCCAGAUGCCAUCAGCCAGGCAGGGAGAGCUCCUCAUGGCCCUCAAGGAAACAGCCCCCAUUCCCCUGUGGCAUCCCAUCAAUCUUCUUCACAGUGGACACUACCCCAAGCUGUUGGUGGUGUCCUGCCUGACCGCUGGGCAGAACUUUUCCGUCGACAACAGCAACUCCUGGACCCGCUGCGGCCCUGGCUGCACCAGAGGCUGGAGACCAUCUAUGGGGACCAGUGGUGGCUGGCAAGGAACGCACAGAGCAGCAUCCUGCAUGCCCUCUGUGUCUUUGGUCCAGAUGUGGAGAUCCUGGUCCAGAGGCUGCAGGACAUCCUGGAGGAACACACAGUGCCACUGGUCCAGGACACCAUCAACAUCAUUGUGGGCCAGUGCAGUGAAGAGGCCAGGAGGCUGCUGUGCUCCCACGCUGCUGGGGAUGAGGAUGACAGCCCAGCAGCCAGCACCAGCUCCAGCAACUCCAGCUCCAGCUCCUCCAGCACCAGCUCCAGCAACUCCAGCUCCAGCUGCAGCAACUCACGAGAGGGGACUCCCACCAGCAGCCCUGCAGUCUCUGUGCAGGAGGAGGAA